AUGGGCCAGGGGAGCAGCAAAAUAGAGGUUACCAAGGCUGAUAGAGCUAUAUUACAACUUAAAUUAUCAAAGGACGAGUUGCAUCGAUACACGAAACGCACAGAAGCACUGGUUUUUAAUGAACGAGAACGAUUGAAACUGCUGCUCAGACAAGACCCAAAAAGCGGGACCAAAAACCCCAGAGCCCGUGUUUUGCUCAAAAAAAUCCACUACCAGAGCCAUUUGUUAGAGCAAGCCUCCGACCAGCUUAUCAACCUGGAAAAUCUAGUCGCUACUGUGGAAUUCAAGCUGGUGGAACACCAGUUUAUGGCGGGACUCAAACAGGGAAAUGAGGUUUUAAAACGGCUCAACAAGGAGUUCAAAGGUGCAGAGCAGCUCAUGGACUCUGUGGCUGAUGAGAUAGCGUACCAAGAAGAAAUCGACCAGGUUUUGUCGUCCAGCGUCAUGGGGGGCUUCGAGGAGGAACUCGAUAGGGAACUGAAUCUACUGGACCAAGAGGUGAACGGCACACCGGCACAGGAAAAACUAGACCUGCCCAAUGUUCCGCUGGAAAAGCCUCAAACGUCGCCCAAGCUGCCGUCGACCGAAGACCUGCCCGCGUUGGGUUCCCAAGAAUUGCAGGAAGAAGCUACAAGGAAAAGAGAAGCGGCACUGGCCGAAUAG